AUGGCAAACAAAUCACAGAUCCUAGUUGACAUUUUUAACGAGAUCCUCGCCGCCUCCGGGAACUCUUCAGACGCUAUCAAUCAAUCGAGAAUACUAUCAGCUCUCAAGGAACAGGCCGGAAAAGACAGCAUAAAAGAAAACAUCGGUUCUGUCCUGGCCAAAGUCGUGAAUGAUGCGAAACUCAGCUAUCCUAUAAAACCAGAAACGUGUGGUUACUGCGAGGGCGAUUUCAGAGAUGUGGUGGAGGCCUAUAAUCGCAUUCACGGAUAUGUUAGUCUCAUUGUAAGUACGCAAUAA